GUACAACCUAUUGGAACUCUCCUCUUAAUAUCAGAACGAGGCAGGCUUCCUUUUACUUCAGAUGAGUAACAUGAAGAGCAUAUCUUGCUGUCUAGUAUUGACUUUUAUCCUUGUGAUAGGGAUAACCGUGGUAAAGUCAGGGAACCCACAUGAUGCUGAUAUAGAGGACAACGACUUCGCAGAAUUUGAAGAUUUUGAAGAUGGUGUUGAAGUGUUGGAGGACGAGGACAGGGCAGAGUUUCCUGAUGAUGUUGAAGUUCAGCAACAGAAGGAAGGAGGAGCUGAGGGAGAGGACGAUGAGGAGACAACUAUAGAGAAUGAAGAUGAUGAUGAUGAGUUUGAGCACUUCACAGAUGAAGAUGAGUUCAUUGGAUUUGAUAAGGGUCAAAGUCCCAGCUCAGGAAAAUCUAAAGACAAACUUCCUAAUUUGAAAAUGACAGAGGUUCCCGGUCAUCUACGUACUAACUGGGACAGUUUCUACAUGGAAAUCCUGAUGCUGGCUGGUCUGGCUGUUUACUUCCUCAACUUCAUCCACGGUAAAAACAAGAACCACAAGUUAGCCCAGGCCUGGCUCCAGUCCAACCGUGACCUGCUGGAGAGCAACUUCCAUAUUGUUGGUGAUGAUGGAUCCACAAAGGAGGCACAAGCUGGCACCCUGAUGAAGGAGUCGGAGAAUGUGUAUGCGCUGUGGUGCAGUGGACGGUCUGCUCUGGAGGGUAUGCUGGUGGAACUUAGACUCCUGAAAAGACAGGAUCUCAUCAGCACCAUGACGAACAUGUUUAAACCUGCCUCAGAUCAAAUAUUGGUGACGAUAGACCUAGACAAGAACGUGAUGGACAAGUUUGUUUUCGCCAUUGCUAUGAAGAGGAGCUGUGCCAAGCUACACAAGGAAAUGAUAGAUUUGAGUCAGUUUACAGAAAAGAAGAAUUUAGAUAAAUAUUCUGACAUGCCAAGCUCAUACCAAUUACUGAGUGAGGUGGGAGAGGCAUCUAAUGCUCUUUUAGAUAAAAAGGUUUGCCAAGUGCUGACCAAGUUUGAGGGCCAGGUGGAGUUUAUGCAUUUCUCAGACCAGUUUUGUGGAGCGAAGUCGCAAGAUGAGUCCCAAGCCACAAAAAUGCCUGAGGUUAAACCUGUAAUGAUAUUUUGUUUUAAUGUACCUGGUAAAGGUAAGAGCAAGCCUACAGACAUGGAGCAGAUGAAACCCUUGUUACAGCUAGUCUUCUACUGCCUGGAGAAAGUCAGUCGCCUUCAGCUUGGCAAGGAGGCAAGAAAUAAAUCAGAAAAGAACAGGAAGAAAGCAGAAGAACAAUUCCUGAAAGCCGCUCAUUCUCAGCUUCAAGAGGCAGCACAGCUUCGUCGUGAAGAGAAACGUCGCAAUGAGAAGGAACGCAUCAUGAAUGAGGAGGAUCCUGAUAAAACUAGGAAGUGGGAGGAGCGAGAAAGCAGAAGAGAAAUGAAGAGGAAACAACCAAAAAUGAAAAUGAUGAAGAUCUGAUCCAGGAUAUACAGUCAGGAUGCUGGCACCAGAUUUGUCCAAAUAGAAAAUAGAUUGUCAAAUAAUAAUAAUAAAUUUGUCAAGUUGGAGAAAAAGGAAAUUACUGUCCAGUUCAUAGUGAUGUGUCUGUAAGGAAAUGGCUGUUCCACCAAUGUUCCAUGCUUUGUUGUUUGUGUGUGAUACAACCCAUUAACUGAAAGAUUUAUAAACCAGGAAUAAAAGUUGGUUACAGUUCUGAGUUCUGUGUGAAAGUCAAUGUUGUUGGGUUGGUAAAGUGUAUCAACCUCUAUUAUAAUAGAUUUUCCCAAAUGCCACUUUAACCCUUUCACCCCUAUGCAACUUUAGUAGACCCUCCCAUGCAUUAAUCUGGAUAAGUCCAUCAUGGUCUACAGUGGUGAAAGAGUUAAAUAGGAAUUUUUUUUAGAAACUUUGUACAUUUCUGCAAAGCAGGAUCAUGUUUAUUACGCUCGUUGCUAUUUGGUAGAGAAACAGCAUGCAAAGCAUCAACUGUAUGUCAAAUCAUUCCACACUGUGUUUGUUCCAUGUGAUCAUGAAGGCUAAAAGGACUGCUGUUAUACAGGCGUAGUUCACAUCAUACUGGGAAAUUAGCCUUCCUUUAUAAAUGGGUGAUUCACACACAGGUACUGGCCUCGUCUAUUUAAACACCUAUAUUAUGGGUGUAUUGACAGAGAAGGCCAGUUCCUGUGAUUCACAUGCUCUAUACAACUUACAAGUAAAGGGGAGAAAUUGACACACAAUUUGUGCAGGAUAGAUAACUUAUACAGGGGAGAUAUACUUGUUAUACAGGGAAGCUAGUUUUAAUUUAUACAAGGGAGAUAACUGAUACAAAAGAGCUUCAGCAAGAAAGAUAACUUAAAAAAAACAAUGUUUGAUUUAUGCUUUGGAAAUUAUUCAGCAAGCUAUUUGAAAUACACCCCGGAAAGAAAAACUGAUACAUGUAUGUCAAAUGUGUUGACAACUUCUUGAAGAGAAAGAGGGGGCAAUCUAUUUGAUUUUUUGUGUACAGCCUUAUUUUAGACAUUUAGCAUUACAACAUAAAAUUCCAGCAAAUUUGUUCUCUUACAGAGACAACAAAAUUUUAUGGUUUAUAUCUUUGUCACGUUAUGUUGGCAUUAUUAGGGUAUAAAACAGAUAAGGACAUUGUGGUUUCAUUAUAUGGCCAAUUGUUAAGGGACAAAUAUGAACAAUGUGAUCUCAACGUGUAUAGGAUAAUUAUUUGGGUAUUUCGGUGCAAUAGUAUUAAUAAACUUAAUGCUUCAGGUCUGUGUUAGUAUGUUUGCUUCGAUUUAUAAAGAUGAUUUUCUUUCUUUCCAAGCUACCUUGACCUUGUACAGAUUGGAGUGGUUUAAGAUUGCAAAAAACCUGUUUAAUUUCAGUUAGAUGUUGUGAAUGAGAGGUUUGUUUGCAGUCUUAUAUGUAAAUCAAUGUAUUGAAAUUUUUAUAAGAAAUGUCUUUUAUUUAAAACCUUUAAAAAGUGUAUAUAUUUAUGUUAUAUAGCUACAUGUAUUAUAUUCAGGAUUAGAAAUUGUAAUAAAGGGACAUCCAACAUCAGUUAGCGCCGGGUGUUUGUGUUGGAUACUGUAUUCGUAGGGUUAAAGCCAGAUAAACCAGUCUGUUGAGACAUUGAACCACAUACCAUAUUAUAGAACAUGUACAUGUCUUUUAUGUCAGAUUUUCAGGAUGUUGGGUUUCUACUUUGUUUUAAAGAUUGAACAAGUAUCACCUGAAACUAGCUCAAUUAAGGUAGAACCAUUCUUUACACACUGAACAGUUUUAAUGUCAUGACGUCAUUAUAAAUCUAUAUUGUGAUGUGUCAAGUCAUUGAUAUUCAAAGAACUAUUGUGACAAGGAACGUGACUCAAAAACACCCGAGCUGAAGAGUUGUAUCAUCUUGUAAUAUAAUUUGUUAAUUUUUGUCGACUGAAAAUCAUUUACAAUAUUCCAGUAUUAGUGAACACCUUAUAACUGGCCCCAGUCAUUUAAAUUCAUGUGCAAUUUAUCACUCGGGUUCUUUUAUGUUAUAUAUACUAACAAGACCACCAAAGCUGGUCGAUGCUCAUGAUUUCAUUUUAACAGGAAAUAACUUGAUGCAUGUAUUGGAUGUUGUUUAAUCAUUACCACGAAGCUCACAAUGUUCCAGUGAUAACAUCAGCAUUCUCCACCAGGUUUAAAACUUGAUCUUCUCACAGUUUAGAUAUUACCUUUUAUCUCUCUUCUUGUAGCAAUCUUACAAUAUAAUAUAUUAAGAUAUUAAUAAUAUCAUAAAUAUUUAAGAAGUGUUCAACAAGUUUGUACUAUCGGAGUCGUUCAAUCUGUUGUGGCAUUUAAUUAGAAAUAUCUAUUUCCAGUAAUAAAACAUGUGUCUUCAAAC